AUGCCGAAAGGAACAGAAGCUGAACCCCAAAGCCCGUCCGCGGAAUCCUGCCCCGUCGACCAUGCUACGCGGGAAGCAUGGCUGAAGUCCAAUAAACAAUCUCCUCACCCGUUCCCCGGCGCGACAACCGCAGCCAAAGAGGCCAGCCUUGCCGGUCAAGGGAACAGCAAAGAUUCUGGUGCCAUCGACCAACCCCAAUCCCCGGCUCCCGCCAGAGGACUCUUCUCAAGAUUCAUGUCUCCCAACCCCCCUCCCCCGUCAGAAGCGCCAAAAUCCCUCGGUGUUGACCGCGAAAUAUCCACUAUCCCGCGCGCAUCACCAGUCAACAAUGAAGUCGGGUCAAAGCCCGCCAACAGCGAGAAGGAGAGCGGUGUUAGCGAGAGUGGGAAUUGGAUAUAUCCGUCUGAGAAGAUGUUCUUCGAUGCGAUGAAGCGAAAGGGGUAUGGUGCUGAGGCGAAGGAUAUGAGGACUAUCGUGCCCAUCCAUAAUGCGGUUAAUGAACGGGCGUGGAAGGAGAUUAAGGAGUGGGAACGGCCUUGGGGGAGUGAGGAGAAGUAUGUCACUGUCGUUUGA